AUGCCGUUUGACUUUUCCAAGAACGCAGUGGAGAGCCCGGAGCCCUGCAAGGCAGAAGUUAAAGGAAAUAUCCCCGGCUGGCUGCAGGGCACGCUGCUGCGCACUGGCCCGGGGAUCUUCUCAGUGGGGGAGACCAGCUACAACCACUGGUUUGACGGGAUGGCCAUCAUGAACAGCUUCAACAUCAAAGAUGGUGAAGUGAUCCACAGGAGCAAGUUUCUUAAAGGUGACACCUACCAGGCCAACAUGGCUGCAAAAAGAAUAGUGAUUUCUGAAAUGGGAACGAUGGCCUAUCCGGAUCCAAGCAAGAACCUCAUUUUCAAAGCCAUCACCUUCCUGAACCACACGGUGCCCGACUUCACAGACAAUGGUGCAAACAACUUUAUCAAGUAUGGAAACGACUAUUAUGCAACUUCUGAAACCAACUACAUCCGCAAGAUCGAUCCCGUGACCCUGGAGACCCAGGAAAAGGUGGACUACUUGAAGUACCUGCCAGCAAACCUGGUGUCAUCCCACCCGCACUACGACAAGGAGGGCAACGCCUACAACAUCGGGACUUCAAUAGCAGAAAAGGGCAAGACUAAAUACAUGAUCUUUAAAGUCCCUGCUGCUUCAGAGAAAGUCAAGGGCAAGACCGUCCCUGUGCUGAAGAACGUGCAGGUGCUCUGCACGAUUCCCUGUCGCCAUCUCCUCACGCCCAGCUACUACCACAGCUUCGGCAUGACCGACAACUACAUCAUCUUCAUGGAGCAGCCGCUGAAGCUGGACAUCGUGAAGAUGGCCACUGCCUACAUGAGGGGGGUCAGCUGGGCCAGCUGCGUGAAGUUCUGCCCUGAAGAAAAUAGUCUGAUCCACCUGAUCGACAGACGGACUGGGAAGGAGGUUGAGACCAAGUACCAGACCGGGACAAUGAUUGUCUACCAUCACGUGAACGCUUUCGAGGAUGACGGGCAUGUGGUCUUCGAUGUCAUCGCCUACAAUGAUAACAGUCUUUACGAUAUGUUCUACUUCGACAAGCUGAACGAUCAGUCGGGGUCCAGUAACAAGAACUACUCCAAGCCAAGUUACAAGAGAUUCGCGCUCCCUGUUCAUCCCGACAAAGGUGCUGCAGUCGGGGAAGACCUGGUGAAACACAAGUACACAACCGCCAGCGCUGUGAAGGAGAAAGACGGGAAACUUUUAUGCCAAGCGGAAGUGCUCUGCGAUGGUAUUGACUUACCCAGAAUCAACUAUGAUUUCAACGGCAAGCGGCACCGGUUUGUGUAUGGGAGCAUCGUGAAGGAAUCCGCUCUGACCCAACAGGUCGGAAAGUUUGACACAGAAACCAAGGAAAUGGUUUACUGGAACGAGGAGGACUGCUUGCCGUCGGAGCCAGUUUUCAUCCCCAGACCAAACGGAGAGUCCGAGGACGAUGGCGUGGUGCUGCUGUCAGUCAUCAACGGCAAACCGGGCCAGCCCGACUUUCUCCUCUUCCUCGACGGCAAAACGUUCAAAGAAGUUGCCCGCGCAUACGUGAAAGCUGAGCUCUGCAAAGACAUGCACGGAUUCUUUAUCCCACAGGGACAGUAAACGGUUGAGAAACGUGUUUGAUAAAGAAAAAACAGUGUUGAAGAGUAUGUUUGAGCCAUCAGUGCACGUGGUUUCAGGUGCCACUUCGUGUCUGUGACGUCAAAAAAUACACCAACACAAAUUUCUGAAGGAACAAAGAAAUUUAUUCAGUCCGCAUGCAUGUAUUACUGUUGACUAGUUCUGCUUUUUUGUGUUGUUUAAAGUAGGAUCUGUUUUUUUUCAUGAUUGAAGUGUUGGAUUAGGAUCGUUCUAGAAGUUUGCGUGAAGAUUGAUUUGUCUUUAUACAUUGCCAUUAUUUGUCCAUGCAGGUGGUUUUACAACGUUUGGGUGAAGUUGUAGGAAGUCAUACAGGUCAGGAAAUGGAUGCAAUGUGUUCAUUUUUAUUUUAUUCGGUGUUGGAGGUUGGCUCUGUAAAGCCAGAACCAGAGGUGCCUUUUCGUCUCCUUCUGCUACAUGUAAUAUAUUUUCGUGCAUUACAUUUAUCUAAAAAUAACCUUUUUGAACCUUUUUGGACAUUUAUCUAGCUGCAUCAACUGGCUUGUCAGAGCUGCUAUAGAAGUCACGACAGAGCUCAUGCUUACUGAACAGGCUGCAGCAAAAGUGUUUUAAACCUCAGUUUUACAUAAAUGCACUUGACACAUUUCAUCAUCUUUUGCUCGUCUAUCAGUUGUCAUCUGUUUCCUGACCUUGGCUUUUGUUUUACACAGGAGCAAAGUCUGCUGAGAGAGAAUCUUUUUAGAUAGAAAGUUUCUUCUGCUUCUAAUCAAAGACAAUAUUAAGAGUCACUUCAGAUAUCUUUGUUUAUUACUAGUUUUUAAUCACAAGUAUUCAUUGUAUAUUUGCAUAAAUAACAUAUGUAGCUAAUAACUGCUUUUCUCAUAAUGACUCUUUUAACAGCUUACCUAUAUAUCUUAUCUGUAUCUUAUCAGUUGUUCUUUAAUGUGUUUUUUCAGACCAGUUCCUACUAUUCUGUUGACUGCAAGAUGCGCACUUUUUUAUUGUAUUAGAUGU